AUGGCAUCCAAGACCAAACUAGACCCCCUUCGCGAAUUUCUCGAUGCGGUAGUGACUCGUAUUGAAACUUUGGAGGCUCACUGCGGCAUCUCAGGUGCAGCAGUCACACGCGCUGAAUCCACAACCGCCACGAAACAUGCUGCUUUGGAAAAGACCCCUUCGGCACGACAUAUUACUGGCGAAGGUGAAACACCAGCAGUCAAGGCUUUUGACACCUUCCUAACACAAUCUGUUUAUCCAUUAGCCGAUACUUGCGAUGACUUGAACGAUAUGGGUGAUAUGGGAAAGCUUUUGGUCGACGCCUUUGAUGGUGCCAAAUAUGUAAUUGUCUUGGCUUCGCGUUCCAAGAAGCCAGCCAGCAUUGCUGAAAUUGCUCCUCAUCUAAAACCCAUCACUGAAAAUGUCGGCAAGAUCCGAUCCUUGAGAUUGAAACGUGAAUUCGACAAUCAUUGCAAAGCCAUGAUGGAAAUGCUUGCCUGUAUGUCUUGGGUCACCUGCGAGGCUCCAGCACAAUUGCCAGCUCCCUUUGUUAAAGAAUGCAUCGGAUCCAGUGAGUUUUGGUCCAACCGCAUUCGCAAGGAAUUCAAAGGAAAGGAUGCUCCCUACCAAAUUGCUUUCUGUGACAACAUGAAGAAAUUGCUCACCGAUUUGGCGGCUUACAUCACUGAGCAUCACAAGACUGGACUUACAUUCAAUCCCAAGGGCGUCAGUCUCGCUGAAGCGGCAAUUCGCCUUUCCGAUGACCCAGAAGCGGUCCAGGCUGCCGAAAAGGCCGCUGACGAUGCUACCAAGACCAAGAAAAGACAGAGUGCUGUUGGAAACACAGUGAAGGGUGGAAACGUGAUGGGUAUGAUGGCAGAAUUGGCGCAACGCCGUAAUGCUGAUGGAUCUUCGGCUGCCACUGGUUUGAAGCAGGUUAAAAAAGAUCAGCAAACUUGGCGCAAGGAAUUCAAGGGUGGUGAAGCUCCACCCGCUGUUGCUCCGAAGCCAAAGGCAGCACCAGUUGUGAAGAAGGCACCGCCAAAAAAGAAGGGUUUGCCCAUUCUCGAAUACCAAGAGCGUGGCCAAAAGUGGGUGGUCGAAAACCAUACAAAGGAGAGCGUCAAGCAAUACGACAACGGAAUUAUUACGAUUGACGUCUCUGAUCCGAAACAACAAGUCUACAUUUACAAUUGCGAUGAAGUCACCAUCAAGGUCAAUGGCGUCAAGUUCAAGUCUCUUAUUAUCGAUAAGUGCGAAAAGGUGAACGUUGUUUACGAGACCAUUAUUAGUGGAUGCGAAAUUGUCAACAGUAAAAAGAUCGGAACACAAGUCGACGGUGUGUGUCCGGUAUUCACAAUCGACAAAACAGUUGGAGUUACAGUCUGGUUGAGCGAGGCAACUUGUGCUAUCUCGUCUUUCAGUACCAGCUUAAGUUCGGAAAUGAAUGUCUCUAUCCCCAAUGGAGAUGAUCGUAAGGAAAUGCCCAUUCCCGAACAGUUUGUGCACAAGAUCUCCAACGGCUCUCUUACAAGUCAAGUGUCUGACCUUUAUCAUUAG